AUGGCUCAGCAGCAGCACCUCCUGCUCGCCGCUGCUGUGCUCGCCUUGGUAGCAGCCGGCAGCUGCCAUGCCUUCCAGAUCGAGGAGGCAACCAUCGACGCCAUCCAUGCGGGCUUCAACAACGGCAGCCUGACAUCCGCAGCGCUCGUCCGGUUCUACCUGGACCGGAUCAGCCGCCUGAACCCGCUGCUCCACGCCGUCAUCGAGGUCAACCCCGACGCGCUCCGGCAAGCUGCGCGCGCCGACGCCGAGCGGCAGUACUCGGGCCGCCGCCGUCCCUGCCACCGCUGCGGCCGCGGCGGGCUGCACGGCAUCCCCGUGCUGCUCAAGGACAACAUCGCGACGCGCGACCGGCUCAACACGACGGCCGGAUCCCUGGCGCUGCUGGGGUCCGUGGCGAAGCGGGACGCCGGCGUCGUGCGCCGGCUGCGUCGGGCGGGCGCCGUGGUGCUCGGCAAGGCCAACAUGGAGGAGUGGGCCAACUUCCGCAACUUGGAGGGCACCGACGGAUGGAGCGCGCGCGGGGGCCAGGGCCGGAACCCGUACGUGCUAUCGGCGGAUCGGUGUGGGUCGAGCACCGGUUCAGCGAUAGCGGCGGCGGCCAACCUGGCGGCGGUGACGCUGGGGACGGAAACCGACGGCUCCAUCCUCUGCCCGGCGUCGCUGAAUUCCGUGGUUGGGAUCAAACCAACGCUGGGGUUGACCAGCCGGGCUGGUGUCAUCCCCAUUUCUCCCAGGCAAGACACAAUCGGGCCAAUUUGCCGCAAAAUGUUUGAUGCAGUCAAAGUGCUGGAUGCCAUUGUUGGUUAUGAUGUCCAUGACGCGAGAGCCACAAAGACGGCAUCCAGGUACAUCCCUCGAGGUGGAUAUAUGCAGUUCUUGAGAACUGAUGGCUUAAGAGGCAAGAGAAUUGGCAUACCCAACGGAUUUUUCAAUUAUCCAAAUGGGACCGUUCAGCAAGUGGCUUUUCGUCAGCAUCUUGACACAAUGAGGAAACAUGGAGCAGUCCUGAUUGAGAACAUAGACAUAGCAAAUCUUAGUGUCAUAUUAGAUGUUCUAAGCAAUGGUGAACAGAUUGCAUUACCAGCAGAAUUCAAGUUAAGCAUAAACUCUUAUUUGUCGGAUUUAUCAUACACUCCAGUCCGUUCCUUGGCUGAAAUAAUAGCAUUCAACAGUGAUCAUCCCAUUGAGGAGAGGCUCAAAGAAUUCGGGCAGCUUAUCUUCCUCAUGGCUGAAAAUACUACUGGCAUUGGUGCGCCCGAAAGAUCCGCAAUCCAGGAACUGAACAAACUGUCAGCUAACGGAUUGGAGAAGCUGAUGAAGGAGCUGAAACUGGAUGCUAUUGUGACACCCAAUGACAGCGCUGCCUCUGUUCUUGCCAUUGGUGGCAUGCCAGGAAUCACUGUCCCUGCUGGAUAUGGUAAACUGGGAGUCCCAUUUGGUAUUUGCUUUGGAGGGUUGAAGGGCUAUGAGCCGAGGCUUAUUGAGAUGGCUUAUGCGUUUGAGCAAGCUACCCGAGUGCGAAAGACUCCCACUUUCACACCAUAG